AUGCGCGCGGCAGGCCCCCUGGAGUUGAGCGGGGCCCCCGGGGCCCCGCGGGGCCUGCCUGCUGCUGCUGCUGCUGCUGCUGCUGCUGCUGCUGCAGGUGGCGGCGCUGCUGCUUCUUUCGAGGAGCUGUUUGCUGCAGCGUACGGGUUUCCUGCGCCGAUCCUGAGCAGCUGCCCGUCGCAGCAGCAGCAGCAGCAGCAGGAGCAGCAGCAGCAGCAGCAGCGGCGCUGCUGCUGCCGGAAGGGGCUGUGCGUGGACUGGGUGGCGGUGCAGCAGCAGCAGCAGCAGCAGCGGCAGCAGCUGCGGCUGCUGCGCGCGCCCGUGUCGACUCUGUGUCACUUCGUGCUGCUGCUGCUGUCUCUGCUGCACCGGAGCGCGCGGUGGGUGGCGCAGCACGCGGCGAGCCUGUGGCUGCUGCUGCUGCUGCUGCUGCUGCUGCUGCUGCUGCAGCUGCCGGGACCCCACACCCCGCUGCUGCGGGAGGCUGCGGUGUACGUACACCUCAGCGCCUGGUGGGUGGGACUCGGAGUCGCCAGCUCCAUCGGACUUGGCAGCGGAAUGCACUCUGGCAUUUUAUUUUUAUUUCCCCACAUUUAUUCCAUUUGCGCUUCUGCUGCUGCAUGCAAAGGCCUCCACUUCGACCCCCGGCCCAACAUGUGGGGCGGCGUGCUGCAGCCUGGGGAGACGUUCCCGUGUCUGGGAUCGGGAUCGGGAUCGGGAUCGGAUCCCGGGAUCGGGAUCGACCCCACACCCCACACGACUCCGGGCUUUUGGCCGGUUUUUCUCAAGAGUUUGCCCUACGCGCUGCUGUGGGGUUUGGGGACGGCUUUGGGGGAGUUGCCGCCCUACGCAGCAGCCUAUGCAGCAGCAAAGUCCCAGGAGGAGGGUUUGCUGCUGCUGCAGCCGCAGCAGCAGCAGCAGCAGCAGCCGCAGCAGCAGCAGCAGCAGCCGCAGCAGCAGCAGCAGCAGCAGCAGCCGCAGCAGCAGCCGCAGCAGCAGCAGCAGCCGCAGCAGCAGCAGCAGCAGCCGCAGCAGCAGCAGCAGCAGCAGCAGCCGCAGCAGCAGCAGCAGCAGCAGCAGCCGCAGCAGCAGCAGCAGCAGCAGCAGCAGCAGCAGCAGCAGCGGGAGCCGCUGCUGCAGCGCAUGCAGCAGCAAAUGGCGCAGCUGGUGGCCAAGUAUGGGGCUGUUUCUGUCUUUCUUUUGUCUUGUUGGCCAAAUGCCUUUUUUGAUUUGUGUGGGGUGGUUUGUGGGAAGUUUAAAAUGCCCUUUGGGGCUUUUUUUGCUGCUGUGCUGCUGGGCAAAGUUGCUGUCAAGGCCCCGCUGCAGGCAGCAGCUUGUGUCUUGCUGUUUCUGCCGCACUCCCGCGAGUUGCUGCUGCAGCAGCUGGCAGCAGCAGCAGCAAGCUGGCCGCUGCGUUUGCUGCUGGCCGACGGCGCGGACCUUGCUGCUGCUGCUGCUGCUGCGCUCGACCGCCUCAGCCGCGGCGCCGCGCCCUUCAGCAGCAGCAGCAGCAGCAGCAGCAGCAGCAGCAGCUGGAAGCUCUCUUCGCUGCUCUCUGCUGCUGUUGCUGCUUGCGUGCUGCUCUUCUUCCUCAGCUGCGUCGAACAGUUCGCCCAAAUGCACCAAAAGAAAAUCGACCAGCAGCUCAACGCAGACAUGCAGCAGCUGCUGCAGGACGCCACCCCCUCCAGCAGCAGCAGCAGCUGCUGCAGCAGCAGCAGCAGCAGCAGCAGCAGCAGCAGCAGCGGCGGGGGCGGCAAGCUGCGCGCAGGCAGCCCCGCCAGCGACAGCAAGACGCAGUGA